CUUGGCUUGCCAUAAACGCAGCCCCUCUCUGCGCGCUCUUCUCCAGCACGCGCUUUCUCCUGUCUUCCACGGAAAGACGCGCACGCGCUUAAUUUAAAAUGUAAUGGUCAUUUUGUUUCACUGACUGUCCAACAUUCGUUUAUUGAUCUCUUUAUUGAAUAAUUACUUAUAAUAAUAUUUACAAGAGAGUAAAUAUUGGAAUUUCAGAAAGAUUUGAUACGUCUAAUUGAAGAGAACAUGAUGUUAACCCAGAAGUUUUUUGUUUACUGACCAAAAAAAGAGAAGCACAUCAUCGCUAAUUCAGUGGUUUGCUGAGGUGAAUUUUCUUGUGGUGUUUGUUUAUCGGUCAGCCGCGUGGUGGCGAUGACAAUUACAGAAAACUAGACUUCGGAAAAAUACUGAGACAAGGAGGCGGAGCAGUGUUUUUCUCUUCACUGCGGCCAGUCAGUGUAUGAUGGGGCAGAUUCAGCAGCAGUGGAUCCGUGAGUCUGGACUUGGUCUCCGAGAGAUCACCUCAGUCAUGGAUAUUUCAGAACCCACAAAUCCUAACGUCUAGAAAACCUACAGAACAUCUUUCACAUUCAUAAGGACUGCUUUAUCUUCUGCUACGAAUAAUCUGUUUUCAGUUCCUCAUAUUUUGUUUCAGUUGUCAGCACCAUUGUAGGCUCCACCAUGGUGCAGAAGUAUCAGUCCCCAGUGAGGGUGUACAAACAUCCUUUUGAACUGGUCAUGGCAGCAUAUGAGAGGAGGUUUCCCACCUGUCAUUUGAUCCCCAUGUUUGUGGACAGUGAUGUGAUCAUUGAGGAGACCAGUGAGGAUCGGUCUUUUCAUAAGAUUGAGCGGAGGUGUAAACUUGAUGUGGAUGCACCACGACUCCUCAAACGGAUUGCAGGCGUGGAUUAUGUCUACUUCAUUCAGAAGAACUCUCUGAACCACAGAGAAAGAACUCUUCAUAUUGAAUCUCACAAUGAAACCUUCUCCAACAGAGUCAUCAUUCAUGAACUCUGCUGUUACUCGGUUCACCCAGAAAAUGAAGAAUGGACAUGUUUUGAACAAUCUGCCAGUCUGGACAUCAAAUCUUUCUUUGGUUUUGAGAGCACAGUGGAGAAGAUCGCCAUGAAGCAAUAUGCCAGCAGCAUCAAAAAGGGUAAGGAGAUUAUUGAAUACUACCUGAGGGAGCUAGAAGAAGAAGGUUUAACUUGUGUACCUCGGUGGAGCCCUUGUCCACCAUCACCCACAAAGCCAGUGGUGCCACUUGUUAUUCCUGCAUUGCCUAUCACUCCCACAAUCUCCAUUGAAGCCCCUCCUGAGAGCGUGAAUGAGAUUCAAGGGUGUAAAGAGGGCAGCAGUCCUCCGGGCAGCCUGAACGACGCCCUUGUAGCCAGUCCAGAUGAUAAACUGGAUGCAGACUACAUCAAACGGUAUCUGGGUGACCUCACACCCCUUCAGGAGAGCUGUCUGAUUCGCCUGCGCCACUGGUUACAGGAGACACACAAGGGCAAGAUCCCAAAAGAUGAGCAUAUUCUACGGUUCCUGCGUGCACGGGACUUCAACAUAGAUAAGGCACGGGAGAUCCUUUGUCAGAGUCUGACCUGGAGGAAGCAGCAUCAGGUAGACUACCUCCUGGAUACCUGGAGCUCUCCUCAGGUGUUGCACGAUUACUAUACCGGAGGCUGGCAUCACCACGACAAGGAUGGCCGUCCUCUGUAUAUCCUACGCCUCGGACAUAUGGACACUAAAGGACUGGUUCGAGCACUUGGAGAAGAAUCCCUGCUCAGACAUGUGCUGUCAAUCAAUGAAGAGGGUCUGAGACGCUGUGAGGAGAACACCAAAGUAUUUGUUCGGCCAAUUAGUUGUUGGACAUGUCUUGUCGAUCUUGAGGGGCUCAAUAUGAGGCAUCUGUGGCGUCCUGGAGUCAAAGCUCUGCUGAGGAUUAUUGAGGUGGUGGAGGCCAAUUACCCAGAGACACUGGGCCGUCUACUCAUCCUCAGAGCUCCCAGAGUCUUUCCUGUCCUGUGGACGCUGGUCAGCCCUUUCAUUGAUGAGAAUACACGAAAGAAGUUUCUGAUCUAUGCAGGAAAUGACUACCAGGGCCCUGGCGGUCUUGUGGACUACAUUGAUAAAGAGAUCAUCCCUGACUUCCUUGGAGGAGAGUGUAUGUGUGAAGUGCCAGAGGGUGGCUUGGUUCCCAAGUCUCUGUACAGAACUGCAGAAGAACUGGAGAAUGAUGAGAUCAGGCUGUGGACGGAGACUAUUUACCAGAGUGCCAGCAUCUUCAAAGGAGCGCCACAUGAGCUACUGAUUGAGAUCAUUGAUGCCUCCUCAGUCAUCACUUGGGACUUUGAUGUAUGUAAAGGUGAUGUGAUCUUCAAUAUCUACCACUCUAAACGAGCUCCACAGCCACCAAGGAAAGAUCCGCUGGCUACCCAUGGCAUCACCUCUCCCGCAGGCAACAACGUGCAGCUUAUAGAUAAAUCCUGGCUGCUGGGACAGGACUACAGCAUGGUGGAGUCACCCCUCACCUGCAAAGAGGGAGAAAGUGUGCAGGGUUCACAUGUGACACGGUGGCCAGGUUUCUAUAUUUUGCAAUGGAAGUUCCACUCUAUGCCAGCAUGCGCCACCACAAACCUACCUCGGGUGGAUGACGUUCUGGCUACUCUGCAGGUGUCCUCUCACAAGUGCAAAGUCAUGUACUACACUGAGGUUCUGGGCUCAGAGGACUUUAGGGGCUCAAUGACCAGUUUGGAAUCCAGUCACAGUGGUUUCUCUCAGCUCAGCGCCGCCACCACAUCCUCCAGCCAGUCACAGUCCAGCUCUAUGAUCUCCAGGUAGAAUGGAAAGGAAUUUAGGCUCUAAAAUGUUUUAUUAGUUUAGUUUCUUGAUUCUCAAUAAACCCCAUUACUACUCUUACUCUGUUAUCUAUCCCAACACUGUAUCACUCCAUGUCAAGGACCUGAAGCAUGCUCGCACAACUAAAAAGAGUAUAAAAAUAUCCUUACCUGAAAGGAUUCUGGUGGUGGUAGGUUGUUGUUUUUUUUGAAGGGCUUGAAGCUGCUUUUCCAUAGUGCUCAGCUGGGCUGCAGGUCAGUUCAUAGGCCGAUUGUGCUUUGUGUGAGUGUCCAAAGGAGCUCACACUUUAAUGUGCAUUUCUACAUUUCCCAUGAGCUGCAUGCUGAACUAAGCAAUACAUGUUCUUCAAAUUGGGAAAGGGCCUGAAAUUAACACGCCCACUUACACAUCUCAAAUACUCCACAUACUUACUUAUAUGCACUUAGUUCUGCCAUAUCACUUGGAGCUCGUCCUCUUGGUAAACUGUUGUUAGGUCAUUGGGUGGGCUUCUGCAAUAAUUUAGAAGAAUUUAUACUAUUUGAAUUUGUAUUUAUCAUAAAAUGUUUAAGGAGACUAGGUUAAGUCUUCUUGGGUGCUACAAGCUUGUUUCUUAAUUGUUAAGGCCUUUCCACACUGAGCGCGAAAAAGCUAAACGAAUAUCGGACACGCUGGAAUAAAACAAUAGAUUUCUAUGGAUGCUUCCACAUAGACCGCGAACAUUCACG